UAUGUUUUAUAUGACAUUACUGUGUUUUUUAUUGCAUUAAUCUCAAAAUUGCGAUCUUUUGUGCAUUGACACUAACAAACGGGUGUGUAUAAACAUACCCUCAGUGUAAUCGAUGGUAACGUGAAACGCACGCCAAAUACAACACAAGGUUAUUCAACAACCGGUUUAGUAUGUUUACCUCCAACACGAAUGAGCGGGAGAAAAUCUGGGACAGCGUUAAGACCCGUAUCCUAAGGACAGCAUUCAUUUCAGCUGAAUAGGAAAAGCAGGGUUGAUCAGAAAGGGUUCCGGGAACGCAUUAAAAGGUUCUCACUGUAUAAUGUCGACCUCUGGAUCAAGACAAGAGCUGACGACGUUCAGCAGGAAAAGUGGGCGUGACAAACUGAUCCUCAGUUUUGUAGUUGUGGUUGGGCUAGCCUUACUCAUUGGACUUGCCGUGGCAAUUCCCUUGUCCAAACGGGAUGCACACGACACCAACCUUGCCGCAGCUAAACUGUUCUUGGAAAACCACGUAUUGAUCGACGGGCACAAUGACCUUCCAUGGCAAUACCGUCGAUAUGCAUCAAACAAGGUAAAUGAUAUCAAGCUAAACGAGGAUACUAGGAUACAAUGGACACCAGCGACACCAAUGACCGAUAACUCUUUUCAAAGUAUCCCUGCUCAGACGGACAUUCCAAGGCUUUUAGCUGGUGGGCUAGGUGCUCAGUUCUGGGCUGCGUUCGUUUCAUGUGCUGCCACAGCCAAGGAUGCGGUGCGACAGGGGUUUGACCAGGUUGAUGUUAUUCACAAAAUGAACAAAAAAUACCCAGAGACGUUUACAUUGGCUUUGUCUGCAGAUGAUAUUGAAUCUGUAUUUGCAAACAACAAAAUUGCCAGUCUCAUUGGUCUAGAAAGCGGCCACACUAUCGGUAACACCCUUGGCGUUCUACGAAUGUACUACAAAGUCGGAGUCCGUUACAUGACCUUGACUCACAGUUGUGACAAUGACUGGGCGGACAACUACAAGGCGGACUUGAAUGGAGGUGUAUCUAAAGGUCUCACAGACUUCGGAAGGAUGGUGGUUCGAGAAAUGAACAGGCUUGGGAUGAUGAUAGAUUUGUCGCACGUUUCGCAUCAGACCAUGCUUGACGCCAUCGAAACGUCGGAAGCACCAGUCAUCUUCAGUCACUCGUCCGUCUUCUCACUUUGUAAUCAUUACAGGAACGUCCAGGAUGACGUACUCUUAAAGCUGAAGGAGAAUAAUGGUGUCAUAAUGAUAAAUUUCUACACGGCGUACAUCAACAAUGCUACAGAUCACAGAAAUACAACGACAGUGGCCCAAGUAGCAGAUCACAUUGAUUACGUGAAGACUUUCAUAGGCGUCGACUAUGUGGCCAUAGGCUCAGACUAUGAUGGCGUUCCUUACUUGCCCCUUGAGCUUGAGGAUGUUUCAACUUACCCGGUGCUAUUUGCCGAACUCCUCAGACGGAGCUGGUCUGAGGACGAUCUUGCAAAACUGGCCGGCGAAAACCUCCUCCGGGUCUUCAGAGCCGUGGAAACGGUACGUGAUAACAAAAGAAGCCAGGCACCCUAUGAGGACAUCAUCAAUCCAGCCGAUUUCGUGUUGCCUCAUUUUAACUGUACAACCAGUUUCUAGGAGGACCUGCUUCGUCAACGCAAUCCGAUGACUUACAAAGUCUUUUGAGAAUUAAUUAUCAACGUCUUCGACAAAAAAAAAAGAUUUUUGAGAAGAAAAUAUAUGAAUACCAGUACUCUAGUAUAAAAACAUGUCAUUAUCUUUUUAUGUUUAGUUUGAAUAUUGAAAGUAUUGAUUUUUUUCAGAUUUCGUACGGAUCUUUUAACAUAUUGUUUACGAAAGAUUAUACCUUGUGUUUAAAGAAAAAUGCUCUAUAAUCAAGAUUUAUGUUAGCCAAUUUAGUGCCUACUAAUAUAUUAAUAAAUGU